AGCCUCUCGGCAGCUGCUCCUCUAACUUCAGUGGCACUACAAAGGGACAGGGAGCUGCGGGAAGGCAUUGGAAAGUUUGCUGUCGGCUUCUCUGGACUUGGAGAGACUUCUCAAUCAGCAAUGAUAUUCAAUUGGAAUAUUUAUGCUACCCUCUCUGGGGUUUUCCUCAUCACUCAGGCUUUCCCACACACCAAUAUUAAAAUCAGUCAAGCUUUGCCAGAACCAAUCAUGUCCUACUCCUGUCCUCUCUUCUGGACUGAAUAUGAAGGGUAUUGCUACAGAUACUUUCCCAUCAAUAAAACAUGGGCAGAGGCUGACUUAUACUGUGCAGAGUUUUCCAUUGGCCUCAAAUCAGCCAAAUUAGCAUCCAUUCACAGCUGGGAAGAGAACGUAUUUGUAUAUGACCUGGUGAACAGCCGAGUACCUGGAAUACCUACUGAUAUCUGGACAGGUCUUAAUGAUCUAAGACAGGAAAGCAAUUUUGAAUGGACAGAUGGCUCUUCCUAUGACUAUAACUACUGGGAUGGUAAUCAGCCAGAUGAUGGGGUCCACUCUAAACCCGAAGAUGAAGACUGUGUUCAAAUCUGGUACAGAUACAGCAGUGCAUUACGGUCCUGGAAUGACAAUAGCUGCAGCAGAGAAUUCCCAUUUGUGUGUAAGAUCCCAUCCCUGGCAGCUGACUAGCUCUUGCUCCUGGAACAGAAGAGACAAUCAGCAUUUUCAAACACAGGCAUCAAGGGAAAUGAAUGCAUACUUUUCUCUUAGACAUCAUUCUCACAACUAAUAAAUCUCGUUCUAGAUCUGA